AUGAAUUGUUUUUAUUUAGAUCUCUCUGAACCAUUUACAACAACUAAUAAUACCUUAACACCAUGGGUUGACUUUACUUAUACUAGUGGUCCUUGGAAGUCUCAAGCUACAGCCUGUAACAGUGGAAAAAAUAUUAUUAUUAUUUUCAUUUUUGGUAGUUAUCCUUUAUUUCAGCCAUCUGUUAAUCAGUUUAAUACAAGUAAACAACAAUGGACUAAUAUUACAUCUAUUGGAAGUGUACCAGUAUAUAGAGAUUAUAUUUCAUAUGCUGAAUUUAAUAAUGGUUUAAGUUUAAGCAAUGCAACAAAUCUACCACUAUCUCAGGUUAGUUAUUGUGCAAUAACUUUACCUAAUGAAAAUAUUUUAUAUAUUGAUGGAAUUAGUCCUAAUUUAUUAUCAUAUAUGCCAAUAAAUAAUUUACCAUUAUAUAAUACAAAAUCUGAUACAUGGACAAAUAUGAUGUGUGAUAAAUAUGUAUUAUUUUUAUUCAUUUCAAUAAUUAAAGAUCUAAAUCUAAUAUCUUAUUAA